UCUUGUUAUUCCUCAUCAAAAUGGCACCAGCACUUUAACGAACUACUCAGUAAACAUUGUAGCAAAGAAGAGGAAAUGAUAGAGAGAGCAUUUGAAGUUAAUGAUGAUACACUAUAUGUACUUACAUCAGCUAACAUUGGAUACAUCAUCAGCUCUAUUGGAGGACAAGAGAGGAUGGGAGGAGAAUCAACUAAAGUAGGAGGAGGUUUAAUAACUAUUAAUGAACUAGACACUCCACUGUUGCACUAUUGUCAGUUACAGUCGGACUGUUAUUGCCUAACUACUGAUGGGAACUUUUAUACAUGUGGGCAGAACCUAGUUCCAGUUGCCCCUCCUCUUAUGAGAAGAGUGAGACAAGUAGCUAAUGGUUUGAGUCAUGCCCUGGUACUAACAGAAACUGGUUUGGUCUACUCUUUGGGGCUAGGAUCUCAUGGUCAGCUCGGCUUAGGGGAUUUAGAGUCUCGUUCAUCUUUAUCUCUAAUUGAAGGGAUUGCCGGAAUAAAAAUUAAAAUGAUAUCGUGUGGAGGUUGGCACUGCCUUGUGGCCAGUGAAUCAGGUGACAUGUAUUCCUGGGGAUGGAACAGACACUCUCAAUUGGGACAUAGCCCCACCCACAGUAUUGUACCAGACCCCACCCUAAUAGAGGAAGGGGUAGGAGGGGAUCAAUGGGUUGUGUAUGUGAGCUGUGGUUCACUUCACUCUGCUUGUAUUACUAAAGAGAAAGGUUGUUAUGUGUGGGGUUGGAAUAGAUAUGGACAAUUAGCUCAAUCUUCCUCUUCUCUCAUUUCUAAUGUUAUUCAAAUGCUUUUAACUAGUUAUCCUGUACAUCAUGUUGAAUGCACACACUGGAGUACUAUAGUAUUAUCAUUUAUUGAAGAACUAUAACUUUCCCAUUAUGUUGGGCUGUAUCUA